UUCAGGUGGAGUGCGACGUGUGCCGUGCGUGCACCAUCCAGGCAGCUGGGUGUGGUGAGCAGGGACCUGGCAAAGCAGCCUUCGAUUGCUAUGCGGCUUUGGGCAAUUGGUGCCGUGCAUGGUCUCCAGCAAAGAAAGUGUGGUGCUGCAAGGAGAAGGGCAAAGGCUGCCAGUCUCCGGAUACGCCACCCCAGUGUGAUGCAGGUGCUGGCAAGGUAUGGAAGAAGGUUUUCAUCAAUGGCCACUGGUCUUGGGAGGCUCACAUGGCACAUGGUUCUGUUUCCGUGCAGAAGCCUUAUGAUUGCCACGCAGGCCUUCCUGGAUGGGAGCACGGCUGGUCUGGACCAAAGAAGACCUGGUGCUGCAGCCACGAGCAGCUUGGGUGCCCUGGCUACGUGUAUCAUGGUGCCGGUGCUGGUGGGCACACUCACGUUGUUGUCACCCAUCACUAUGUCUCUGGUGGAGCUGCUGGCGGUGCUGCCGGUGGUGCUGCAGCAGGCGGCCACAGCUGGUCCAGUGGUGGCAGCUAUUCUUCUGGCGGCCACUAUCACGUUCAUCAUGUCGUCCAUCACGUGGUGCAUUGAUCCUGGCAUCAUUGAUUUCGUCGCCCCUUACUUGCGCAACCUGAAGCAUUUUUGCACAAACCUUUCUCAUCAUUUGGACUGCAAGAUGAACGCAAGACAAGAAUUGAAGACGAAGACACUGGAACAUGAAGUUUGUAAUCAGGGUAGUGUUGUGGUGAAACAAGUUUCGUCGGGUUUUAUGUUUACCACUGAUGGCACCUACAGACUCCAGACUUGUUUGCGAAUUUGUACUGCUAUCCGCUUUGGCAGUGUAUGGGAGCCAGAGGGUGGAAUGAAGCAAGG